AUGUCCCUAAUUCCCGAGAAUCAAGACCUCGCCGAAGAAAUUGAAGCGGUCAAUGCCAUCUAUGAACCCAAUACAGUAACCGUGACUCGCACAAACCCCCCGCACACGGCAACCAACAACACCCUCGACCUAGGAACCCCCAUGCACUCCAACAAUGUCCACACCACAGUCAUAACCCUCCAAAUCCCCGAACAGCAGCACAUAUCCUUCAUUCUUGGCUUCGAGGCCUCAUACCCAGACUCCCGACCCGCAGUACUGGGAACAGCAUCCACUGCCGCCCGCGGGGAGGGCAAGAUCGCCGUCGAUGUAUUAGAAGAUAUCAUCCGGCGAACAUGGCAAGCCGGCGCCGUAUGUCUAUUCGACGUAAUCAGCGAAGCAGUCGACGUGUUCCCCGAAUUGAGGAUCGGCCAAGACGAAGUUCUGGGACCCUCACAGACAGCGACUGUGGACGAAUCUACGGAAGCCUUUGAAUCGUUGUCGCUGCGCGAUGCGUUCGGCCUCGAUACUCCACCGGACUGGAUCCUCUCGGAUGUUGUCACGGAGAAGAAGUCAGUUUUCGUGGGUCGGGUUGCGCAUGUCACAUCCCUAGCGCAGGCGCAGGCUUUUCUGGAUCAUCUUACGGCCACUGAUCGCAAGGUUGCGGCUGCAACGCAUAAUAUUAGUGCAUGGCGCAUUCGGGAGAGAAAGAGUGGUGCGGAUGAAGAGACAGUUGUUCAGGAUUAUGACGAUGAUGGGGAGACUGCUGCUGGAGGGCGAUUAUUGCAUGUUAUGCAGUUGAUGGAUGUGUGGAAUGUGGUGGUUGUUGUUACGCGGUGGUUUGGGGGCAUUCAUCUUGGCCCAGCUCGGUUCCGGCUCAUUAAUGAUGUUGGUCGUGAUGCUUUGGUUAAGGGUGGCUUUACAAAGGACAAGGAGGAGACCACGGGUCCGGAAAGGGGGAAGAAGAAGGGCAAGAAAUGA